AUGACGGAAGCCAAAAGAGGAGAAGCUCUUUUGAAAGCAGAGGAGACGGCGGCUAAGUGCAGAGCCACCGGAGAAACCCCAAAGAAAGGGUGGUUUCGAGCUAGAUGUUCAUGUUUCUCAUCGGAAUUCAGGUUCAUUUUGUGUUCUACCAUUUGUGUUCAUGAUCACCUUCAACCUCCACCUUUAUCAACCCAAGAACUAUGCGCCCAAGUGAUUCAGCAACUUGCAAUCUUGCUUUGCUCCCUUAUGGAACCAGAAGUAGGCAAGAAGAACAUAAUUUUAGCAAGGUUCACUGGAGUUGUAGCCACCGCCUCGGUCUUGGAUGGUCACACCCCAAACCAGUCGGCGGAAACGUCCGGGGUGGAUGACUUCAUUUGUAGUAUCACAACACAUGCAUUAUAG